UGGGAUGAAUCAAAUGAAUUUUACAAAAAGGUUCAAAUGUACCUUAUGAAGAAGAGUCAAGAAUGUGGAGAAUUAAAAUUUUUUAAUGCCUGUAUAACUCCUGAAAAUAGUAAUCAUAUCGAGGAUAUAUGCAAAUCAAUGAUUGAAAUAUUUGAAAUUAACAACAUAGCCUAUAAAAGAGAAAACUGUAAUAAACAGUGAAAAUGUAUAGAGGCAUACAAAUAUUUAUAUUUAAACACUAAUUUCAAGAACCAAGAACGUUUAGCAGAAGAUAUAAUUUAUGGACAUUUAGUUGAGUGCCCACCUUUAUCUCCGUACUUACUUGUGCAAAUAAUGUGGAGUCUUGAAUAUGAAAAGAUUUUGAUUGCAUCUUUGCUAUAUGUCCUUGUUGAUUUAUGUACUGAAAUACUGAUAGUCACAAAAUACAUAGACAAAUUACCUUUUCAAAGGUCAGUUGAAGUUGCAUAUCAUUUGAUAUUCAUUAUAUAUAGUAAAUUUCUUGAAUUAAAAGAAUGUGGUAUGCAGUGGAAUGUUAAAGAGAGUAUACAAGAUUUGUUGAUUGGCUUUGAAGAAUUCUUAUUACUGUUAACAAAUUCAGAAUCACCUUAUUUAACAGAGUUAUUAGGUUUGAAAAAGUAUGAAAGACAUGGUAUUAUGUUAAAAAAAUUAAUUUGUACAAUAAGAAAAUGUUUAAAGAAUGAAAACAGUGAAAGUUUUGUUUCUAAAGAUCUUGAAAAAUUAUACCAAAUCACAUUUGGGAAAGAACCAUUUAUAAAGUGUGAGAAUAUGAUUGUUGAAAAUACUAUAUCAACAUUAAAUCAACAAUUAACGAAUAUAUUGUUAAAUAAAAUCAAAGAAAUUGAUUGUAAUAUCUAUUUGAAUUGGGCAGAAUUGGACGACGAAGAGAAUAACAUGAUUUCAUUACAAAGAUCUAUUGGACUUGAAUGUUAUUAUUUUAUAGAAUUUAUUAAGAGCGAUGAACGAUUAUCAGAAAAUACUCAUUUAAUAGAGUGUUUGCAGCAGUUAUCGUCGAAACCAGAUCCUAAGCAGUCAAACUUUGUCUUAAAUUUACAAGAACUCUGUUGUGGUAUAUCCGACGGUAAGAAGGAGUUAAUGAAAGAAUUAUUAUGCAGAUACAAAGAAUGGGAUCGGUCUAUACUUGAUUUUGUCUACAAUAAUAGAUCUUUACUAGAUAAGAAUGAUAUUUUAAUUCUACUAAAAUAUCUCACGCAUGUUUUCUCGCAGUCAACCGAAGAAGAUUUGAAAGAGUUUAGUAAUACAUUAGUUACAAAAUUAGUGGCACUUCAAAGUGUACCAGAUAUUUAUGAAAUUGUAAUUAUGUAUCUGAUAAAAUAUGAUGGGAAAAAUUAUCUCGAAUCCCCGCAUACAGAAGAAGUAUUUAAUGAUUUUAUAAAACGAUGCAAACUUACAGACACCGAUGGUCUUAAAACUGUUCUACUGUUUCUCUUGAAAAAUCCUAAAACUGUGUUGACUAUACUUGUAAAGAUUACCAUUGGUCACCCUCAGUAUGAAAAUAUUAUGAUCUCUGCUAAAGAUUUACUUCUGCUAUCACCCUUUAUGCAAAUAAGUGAAGAUAAUAAUGAGCUGUUCUUAACGAACAUCUUAAGGACCAUAUGUAUCGAAAAUUUCGAAUGGAAUGCAAAGAAAUUCAUGGAUUUUAUCCAAGUUGUAUUAGACAGUUCUAUAAUUAAAAUACACAAUUUGAUAAACAGUGUUUUUAUACCAUAUUUAAAAGAAGAUAUUUUUAAUGUAUCAAACUUAAACUCUAUUCUUAAUAGUAUUCGUAAAUUACAAGUUAGAUGUACCAAAGAUACAAACGUGAAGGAUUUAAUAAUAGCACUUGCAGGAAAAAUGUCUUUCCUUAGAAAGAACACAAGUAUUCCAAGAUAUGUAGCCAGUGAAAUAUUUGUUCAGAUAACAAGAAUAUUAGAAUACUUUUUAGAAAUUAAAAACAAUCAGAUGCCUGUUUCAACGAAAAGACAAAUAAUCGAUAAAAUUGAAUGCGUUAUCGAACCAAUAGAUAAACUAUAUUUUUCACCUCUUUGGUUAAGAAAGAAAGGUGUCAGUAUAAUUGAUAUAAGAGAUUACGAAAGGCGUGUUUCGUUUGUGUUGAACAGAUUGAAAGAAGAUCCUCAAACUUCAGAGAGAUUACGACGUUAUUUUUCGGAUUUAAGCCUAGAAAGGGAAGAUUUCUUGCGCCAUUUAAUUACUCGUUCAACAGAAGGAGAAUAUCAGAGAUUAGGCACGGAACUUACAAUAGUAAAUUGGUUCGCUUUUGGAUGGAAACACGAAAUUGAAGCAUACGAUCACUUUACGUUAACAGUAGAAGCUUGUUCUUUAGCUCUGGAGUAUCCACGAUCGGAGGAAAACGAUUUAUUUCCAUUUUUACUUAAGUCCUUCAUACGCUUUUGCAGAUGUUUUAUUUGCUUGAAGAGGUUCGAAGAUAAAGAACACGUAUAUAAGUCGGUAAUUAAAAAUAAAAUCAACUCAACGAGAGCAUAAAAACACAGCCCUUAUGCAAUUUAUUUGAAAAACUAUUUCACUCAUUUGUAUAAUCAUACGGAAAUGAUUAUUUACAAACUUGCAAGAUAUUUUAAAACUUUUGCUAUAGCCUUCAGUGAUCAGUGUCUUGAAUACAAUCAUAAAUGUAACCAGGAAACUCGCAGUAUACCUCAUUACAAAGUUUCUCACUUUCAUGUAACUUAUGAAGUAAUUUCUACUUGUCUGAAAGUACCUGCAAAAGAAGCCUAUGACUGGUCUCAGGAGAUGAAGAAUUAUUUGUUUUCAAUUAAACUAAGAAUAUUUAAGAGAUGCAUUUAAGUGACAUCAAAUAUUAAUUUUAAAUAGGGUAACAUUUUCUUGUUAUUUAAGUUUUAUUACAUAUAUAUAUACACACUUGGUUAGGUAAUACUGGCUCCUUUAAUUUAUGUAAUUUUAUUUAAGAAAUCUGUUUUUCUAUAAAAUCAAGAGCAUAAGUGUAGGUAGAUUCAUUUUAUAAUUUUAUAAUGUCAUAAAAUAGUCAAGUAGAAAUAUAUAAAAAGAAGUUAGAUCUUCUAUAGUAAUGUGUUUUAAACUUAUUCAAUUUAUUAGAUUGAGAUAAAAAUUAAUACAACUUUAUAUGUUUGUAAAUUAGAUAUGUACUUACCCAAUUAGUAAAUCACGACGUGAUAUAAAUACAAUGGAACUCUUGUCUUUUUUCAUAAACAAGCUCUUAUCUAGGCAUAGUAAAACAGUUCAUAUAAUUUAACUUUGCCAUAUUUUCAAAGUUUCAGGAAAUUUAUUUUAUUUAUUUUUACAUUGUAUGUAGAGGAUAUUCA